AUAACCUUUCAAAAAAAAAAAGUGCCAAAUAAAAGCCAACGGCUACCCAUAGUCUCUUUUUGUCUACCUCACUCCUAUCUCCAAUUUCGGCGACAAUUUCGUUCAAAUUCGAACCCAAAAAAAAACAUUUCACUCCAAAUUACAAACAAUAAGAACCAAAUUAACAUAGAACAAAAAUUCUAAUCUAGGCAAAAUUACCUGUUUCUCAUUUGUUUGCUGACUAAUUGCCAUCUGGGCAUCUCUUGUUUCCCCCAUUUAAUCUCUCAUUCUUCCUCAUUUUCUCCUUGAUUCUUCCCUUUUUCUGGUAAGAAUCCAUAUUAUAUCUUUUUUUUCAUUUUCUCCUUGUUCAAGGAAUUAAUUACUUUGCUCUGAAACGUUUAAUUUUCUUUUGGCUUCAUUUUCCUUGAUUGCAUUUGUGUUUUGGGGUUUUUUUCUUGUGAUUGUUAAAAAUUUCAUUGGAGACAUUUUGAUCAUUUGAGCUUGUGGAAUUAAUCAAUUGAGUUUUAUGAUUUUUGGGUCUUAUUUGAUUGAAGCAAAGGAAGAAAAAAGCUGAUAAAAGGUUGAAUCUUUCUGGGUCUAGUAAGUGAAAACCUCCAUUGUUAAUUAAGUUUAUAUUUGUUACUUUAAAUUUAGCUUUACCCUUUUGUGCAGAAAAUCCUUUUAUUUUGUGUUAUACACAUUAUCUUAAAAUGUAAAUUUGUGAAUACAAUUAUUACUGCAUAAAUUUGUUUGAAGGAUUAGGGUAUUCUUUUUCUUUGUUUUAUUGGUCAAUCUUGAAGAAACUUGGCCAAUCCAACUUCAGCAUUUGCCAAUUUAAUUGGUUGUUCUAGGCUAGUAUCUCUUAAUGUUGUAAUAUAUACAUUGAUAGAAAAAGGAGAAAAAAGAAGAAAAAAAAAAAAAAAGAGGUUCUGGGUGUAUGUUAAGGGGAAUUUAAGGAAAAUGUCUGCUGGUGCUGGUGUUGCCUUGAGUUCCAAUCACGAAGAUAUGGUGCAUUUCCCCGGUUAUUUCGAUAACCGGGUGGAUUUGCACUCAAGCGAGUCAAUCUUAGUAUAUCUCAGUGUUGUCGGGUCUGUGAUUCCUAUUCGGGUUUUAGAAUCCGAUUCGAUUGCAUCUGUAAAACUCAGGAUCCAAACAUGUAAAAAAGGGUUUGUAGGUAAGAAACAAAUACUUGUGUAUGGAGGGAGGGAGUUGGCCCGGAAUGAUUCCCUUGUUAAGGAAUAUGGUGUCAGUGAUGGGGAUGUCCUGCAUCUGGUCCUUAAGCUUUCUGAUCUCCUAGCCAUCACAGUUAGCACUACUUGUGGGAAGGAAUUCGAUCUUCAAGUGGAUAGGUUCCGGAAUGUUGGGUACAUUAAGCAAAGAAUUUAUAAGAAAGGAAAAGGUUUUGUUGACCUUAAGGAUCAAGAACUUUUCUGUCAAGGAGAGAGGCUUGAUGAUCAAAGGGUAAUUAAUGAUAUUUCCAAGAACAAUGAUGGUGUUAUCCAUUUGUUGGUUAAGAAAUCAGCCAAAGUUAGGACUAUACCUAUUGAACAAGAUUAUGAAAUAUCAGUUGUGGCAUCGGAUAUUAGACUGAGGGAGAACCCAAAAGGAGAUGAAUGCGAGAAACAAUCUGGUGAGCUCUCUGUUGGGUCUUUGAAGGUGCCCAAUAGAGAAUUUUGGUUAGAACCCGUCAUUGUUAAUCCCAAAAUUAAGUUAUCAUUAGCAUUGCGGGAUAUGAUUAACUCAACAUUUGAUGGCUUAGAUAAGGGUACUAUACCAAUCAGAUCCACCGAAGGCACUGGAGGAGCCUAUUUCAUGCUAAAUCCGUCAGGCCAGAAGAUUGUAGCUGUGUUCAAGCCUACUGAUGAGGAGCCUAUGGCUGUCAAUAAUCCACAAGGUCUACCCAUCUCACAAACCGGUGAAGGGUUGAAAAAGGGAACGAGAGUUGGAGAAGGAGCACUGAGAGAGGUUGCAGCAUACCUUCUAGAUCAUCCGAAGAAUGGGCCUCGCUCAUCGUCUUGUGAUGCAACAGGUUUUUCUGGGGUGCCCCCAACUGCUAUGGUCCGGUGUUUGCACAAAGGAUUUAACCAUCCAGAAGGGUAUGAAGGCACAUUGAAAGAUGUAAAGAUUGGAUCAUUACAAAUGUUUAGGGAAAAUGAUGGUAAUUGCGAGGAUAUUGGUCCUCAGGCUUUCCCUGUGGAAGGAGUUCACAAGAUCAGCGUUCUUGAUAUUAGGUUGGCCAAUGCUGACAGGCAUGCCGGAAAUAUUCUUUUCAAAAAAAAUGCCAAAGAUGGCCAAAUUGAGCUUAUCCCAAUUGAUCAUGGCUAUUGCUUGCCUGACAGUUUUGAGGAUUGCACAUUUGAUUGGCUAUAUUGGCCACAGGCCUGUCAACCCUUCUCCUCGGACACCAUCAACUACAUAAAAACACUUGAUGCUGAAAAGGACCUUGCGUUGUUGAAGUUACAUGGUUGGGAUGUACCCAUAGAGUGUGCUCGCACACUACGCAUCUCAACAAUGUUGUUGAAGAAGGGAGCAGAAAAAGGCUUGACCCCUUUCACCAUCGGAAACAUCAUGUGUCGUGAAACACUGAAUGACAAAUCGAUGAUUGAAGAAAUUGUUAGCGAAGCUCAGCAAUCUUUACUUCAUGGAAUGAGCGAAGAAGAUUUUCUUGAAGCCGUUUCUCAAAUCAUGGAUAUCCGGCUAGCUGAGCUCAAUUAACAACAAAUGAGAUGAGUGAUAUAGUUACCUAUUUUGCCUAAUUCUAUGUAUUAUUAUCUAUAAAUUGUAUUUUAUUUUGUAUAGUCUGAAAAUUGAAGCAGUCCAGUUUUCGAGGGACUGAUUGUCUUGAGGUUCUUUGUCUCUCUUUUGUUGCUUCUAUUCUUUGAAGCAACCAAUUUUUUUUGACUUGUAUAAGAGAACAGAAGAAUGCCAUUAUGAAAUAAGACCUCUGUCAGACAAACAUAUAUUAGGCCUGA